AGAUAUACUACUCCUUAAUUUCUAAAAUCUAGAGAAAGUAGUAGAAAUGAGUGGCCAUUCUCUUUCUCUCUCAUAUGCCAAGGCCAACUCUCUCUCCCCACCAAUUUUCGCAGCCAAAACCACCUCUUUAGGUCGCGCCACUGUCAAUUUUAAUGGCUAUAAUUGCCUGCCCAGGAACCUCAAAUUUAGUGCCAGAGAGCUGAGGAAUUUCGUCGCCGUAAGAGCUUCGGAUUCUACCAAUGAAGCUGCAACCAAUGCCUCUUCAACGUGGCUUCUUCAAGCCGUAGGUGAUGGCGAUUUUAGGCAUAUAGGCUAUAAGAUUGCGAGGCCAGGCACAUUCCAAAUCGAUUCUAAUGUAGUUACUGUUGGGCGCGUUCCUGACAAAGCGGAUAUUGUGCUUCCUGUGCCUACAGUAUCGGGUGUGCAUGCUCGGAUCGAGAAGACAGAAGAGAACCUCUUGAUUACGGACUUAGACAGCACGAAUGGUACCUUCAUCAACGAGAAGCGGCUUCUUCCUGGAAUAGUCUCCCCUGCAUCACCAGGGAAUCUCAUCACAUUUGGCGACACUAAUCUAGCAAUAUUCAAAGUAUUUAAAGUGAAGAAGGAGUUAAGUAGUGAAGGCGAGGCAGAGAAAGUAGCCAACACCACAGCCUCCUCCUAAGUGUGUGUUGCUGCGCUACCACCCAUGGGUUUUUAUCAUUUUACCCAAUUACCUUUCUUAUUAAGCUUUCCUCAUUCAAAACUUGAUUUCAAUGCCCCUCUCUCUCUCUCUACACAUAUUAUUUUAGGGAUGGUUUGGAAUUUUGAUGAUACUUUAAAUCGAAGCUGAUAUGGCAACACUUUGUAUUUUAAGCCA